AUGGGAUUUUCAUUGUGGACCUUGCUUGAGGCCUCGCUGUUGUGUCUGAACGCCAUAUGCAUCCUGAACGAAGACAGGGUUCUGGCCAAGUACGGCUGGUCCACGGUGAACCGAGAGUUUGAGGACAUGCCAACUACGAAAACGCAGAUACUGUCACUCAUGAAGUCUAUCCGUACGGUUGUUAAAUAUCCUCUCAUAAUUUUCAAUCUGCUGAUCAUACUUGUCAAGAGUCUUACGGGAUGA